AUCUCCAUAACUGGACAAUUGCUCCAGCAAUCUCCUUAUAUUGUCAAACAUCAAAACUCAAAUCCCGACUCAAGCUUGACUCAACUCAAGCUUAGUCAAACUGGACCUAGGGAAAUUGCCCCAACAAUGAUAACCUUAUUGGUGUGAUUAUUCGCUUGGAGGGUGAUUCUGCUACAAUCCAAGUUUAGGAAGAAACUGCAGGUUUGAUGGUCAAUGACCCUGUGUUGCGUACUCGGAAGCCUCUCUCAGUAGUGUUAGGACCGGAAUCUUGGGGAACAUUUUUGAUGGAAUUCAGAGACCGCUGAAAACUAUUGCUAUAAAAUCUGGUGAUGUCUAUCCCCCGAGGUGUUUCGGUCCCUGUUCUGGACAAAGAUACACUGUGGGAAUUUGCACCCAGGAAGUUGGUACCUUGAACUACUAGUAACCUGAACUACUAUGCUUCAGACUUGGCCAGUUGCAGCAAAGCUUGCUGCUGAUACACCUCUGCUAACUGGUCAGCUAGAGUUUAAAUCCAUGAGGAACUUUUUUUUGCCGAUUGGAAUUAGGUACCUGUGCUAUACCUGGAGCCUUUGGUUGUGGAAAAACAGUCAUCAGCCAGGCACUCUCAAAGUACUCUAAUUCUGACACAGUGGUUUAUGUUGGCUGUGGAGAGAGAGGGAAUGAAAUGGCUGAGGUGCUUAUGGAUUUCCCACAACUGAAUAUGACAUUACCUGAUGGUCGCGAGGAGUCAUUGAUGAAGAGGAUGACACUUGUGGCAAACACUUCUAACAUGGCUGUGGCUGCUCGUGGGGCUUCCAUUAAUACAGGUAUCACAAUAGCAGAAUAUUUCCAAGACAUGGGCUACAAUGUUAGUAUGAUGGCCAAUUCCACUUCGCUAUGGGCAGAAGCCUUCUGUGAGAUUUCAGGACGACUGGCUGAAAUGCCAGCAGACAGUGGUUAUCCUGCCUAUCUUGCUGCACGUUUAGUUUCCUUCUGCGAACGUGCUGGUAAGGUGAAAUGUCUGGGCCGACAGGAGGUGAUUUUUCAGAUCUUGUCACUUGCUACCCUUGGUAUUGUUCAGUGUUUGCAGGUCUUUUGGGGUCUAGACAAGAAGCUCGCCCAGAGGAAGCAUUUCCCAUCCAUAAAUUGGCUUAUUUCAUAUUCCAAGUACUCGAAGGCCUUGGAGUCUUUUUAUGAGAAAUUUGAUCAAGAUUUUAUUGAGAUUAGGACCAAGGCUACUGAAGUAUUACAGAGAGAAGAUGAUCUUAAUGAAAAUCUCAUCAGUAAAGAUGCAUUAGCUGAAACAGACAAAGAUUACUGCAAAACUUCUGCGUGAGGAUUAUCUCGACAAAAUGCAUUUAUUUCAUAAAUAUGACAAGUUCUGUCCAUUCUACAAAUGAGUUUGCAUGACCCGAACAUUAUCCAUUUCAAUAGGUUGGCAAAUCAGGCUCUGGAGUGAGGAGCUGGUUCCGAUGGCCAAAAGAUCACUUACACUGUCAUCAAGCAUCGGCUGGGUGACCUUUUCUAACGACUAGUGCCGCAAAAAUUUGAAGACCGCACCAUCGGUUUCGCAACCUUGAAGACAAAGCACGAUGAUUGACCAACCCCCUCUUGUGAUUAGAGGAAAUAAUGCGGCCCAACUUGUUUGAUACCGUGAGUAUUUUGCGCGACUUGUAUCAUUAUGGGGGCACCCUGUUGCUCUUGCUUAAUUUUUAUUGUUUUUGUCCUGAGUUUGUGCCAUUUAUAAGGGGUGAUGAUACCCUAAUUUUGCGAUCUGUUGUAAUAAAUCAUCAGAACUCGAGGGCAAACACCUCGCUAACUUGUGAAGAAAAGAGAAAGAGAGCAAAAGAGUACAGAUUAUUUAAGCAAAUAAAGCCUAAAAGAUUUAGGCAUUGCUCUUCA